CGUGGAGCGCUGAGCCGGGGUGCGGAGGUCUGACGUCGGCGAGCAGGGCUGGGCUGCUGGGCUCGGCGCGAUGAGCUGCACCAUCGAGAAGAUCCUGACGGACGCCAAGACGCUCCUGGAGAGGCUGCGGGAGCACGACGCGGCCGCGGAGUCCCUGGUGGACCAGUCCGCGGCGCUGCACCGGCGAGUGGCCGCCAUGCGGGAGGCGGGCUCGUCGCUUCCGGACCAGUAUCAAGAGGAUACAUCCGACGUGAAAGACACAGCCAAAUACAAACCUCACGUUCUGCUGUCCCAAGAAAACACACAGAUUAGAGACUUGCAGCAGGAAAAUAGAGAGCUGUGGAUUUCCCUGGAGGAACACCAGGAUGCUUUAGAGCUUAUCAUGAGCAAGUACCGGAAGCAGAUGCUACAGUUAAUGGUUGCUAAGAAAGCAGUGGAUACAGGACCAGUCCUCAGAGCUCACCAGUCUCACUCUGCAGCAAUUGAGAGCCAGAUUGACCGAAUCUGUGAAAUGGGAGACAUAAUGAGGAAAGCGGUUCAGGUGGAUGAUGACCAGUUUUGUAAGGUGCAGGAAAAGCUAGCCCAACUAGAGCUUGAAAAUAAGGAGCUUCGAGAAUUACUGUCCAUCAGCAGUGAGUCUCUUCAGAUCAGAGAGAACUCAGUGGACCCUGCUUCCUAGCCCAUCAAAUAAUGGCUGAAAGAUGUCUAAAGAUUCCCUAUCAAGGAAGGAAGGGAUUGUCUUCCAAUUAGAGUACUGUCUAUUCAUUGUGCUGCCCAACACUUGAUUUCGUUUUGCUUAAAAGUAUCAGGUGGCAGUUUAGAGUUCCAAAGUCAAUACUGGCUAUCCACAGAAGUUUUGAGCUAUGUUAGUGAGAAUCUACAAUGAGUCUCACCAUUCUUUUGUCUAAGAAACAACUUUAAUGUUUAUUUCUAGAACUUCAAUUUAUAUAUUUGUCUGAAACUUUGAACAUUUUUAGUCAGUCACUUUAUUUUAUAUAGGAUUGUAAAAUACACUUACAGGAAUAUUUAAGAGAUUUACCUUUGUAAAUCUAUUUGGCAUAAAUGUGUAUUUUUUUUUGUUUCCUUUUGUCAGAGGUAAUCUGUUUCCAUAGAACUAGAUUGGCAAAUUC